AUGAGAACAUAUAAAAUAACAAGCUUGAAGAAAAUACUAUCACCACCACCACCAUUGCCUCGUUCUGUUAUUUUUCUUUUUUAUAUUGCCUUGUUGUUCCAUGUAAAUAAUGGCCAAGAUGCUGGUUCAGAUGAUUACGGUGAUUCACCGCCUGCUCCGGCUCCACCACCAGGUCAAGAAGAAUGUAAUGGGAUCUUCUUGACCUACAGUUUUACUGGACGAGAAAAGGAAUUGCCCUACCUCAAAAAUGCAAGCGCACAAGCUUGGGCGUUUAAGGCCAUGGCGACUAUUGUGAAUGCUGGUACUGAGGAGCUUAAAGCGUGGAAAAUGUACGUGGGGUUUCAUAGAAAAGAGGUUUUGGUGUCGGCUUCCGGAGCCACCAUUAUCGACGGAGCUGAUUUUCCUGCGCCUGUUGGGAAUGGAACCACCUUUGUGGGGAACCCACUGGCGGAUUUGAAAACGUCCGUCGAUACCGCCGGUGAUUAUACUCAGAUUUCGGUUCAGAUUGAAAUCACAGGCACGCAGUUCGGAGUUAAGCCACCAGGUGUCCCAAUGCCAAAGACCCUCAAGCUCAUGAAUGAUGGAUAUGUUUGUCCUGGUCCGACUAAAGAAGGGAGCUAUAUGCAUGUAUGCUGUAAAAGGAAUCCAAAAUACAAAGCGCCACCAGCCAAAUCCACCAAAUUUGCACCACGCCAGAACGGAGAUCUCUCCAUGAUAUAUGAUGUAAUUCAGGCCUAUUCCAACAAUUAUCUUGCUCAAGUUACGAUCGACAACAUGAACCCUUUGGGCCGUCUUGAUCAUUGGAACUUGACCUGGGAAUGGCAAAAUGGUGAGUUCAUUUCAACCAUGAGGGGAGCUUAUACUCACAAAAAGGGCGCUGCUGACUGCCUUUAUGGCCCUGCUGGAAAAUUUUAUAAAGACUUUGAUUUCUCAAAUGUCCAGAAUUGUGAGAAGAAACCUAUUAUUUCUGAUUUGCCCGCUGAUCGAAAAGAUGAUGAGAAAAUUGGCAAGUUACCAUAUUGUUGUAGAAAUGGUAGUAUUUUGCCAAAAACGAUGAAUGAGAGCAAGUCAAGAUCGAUUUUUCAGUUGCAAGUUUAUAAGUUGCCUCCUAAUGAUAACAGAACUGCUUUAGUUCCACCAAUGAAAUGGGCAAUCAAUGGUCUUGUGAAUCCAAACUACAAGUGUGGCCCUCCAAUAAGAGUUGAGCCAACUGAAUUUCCUGACCCCAGUGGACUUCAAUCUACUACUACUGCAGUGGCAAGUUAUCAAGUCAUUUGCAACAUAACAAAGCCUGAGAAAGAAAAAGCUCGGUGCUGUGUUUCAUUCUCCGCCUAUUACAAUGAAUCUAUCAUUCCUUGCCCAACUUGUGCUUGCGGUUGUCCAGAUACUGAUAAAUGCAACCCCAAGGCUAAAGCUAUGCUCCUUCCUUCAGAGGCUCAACUUGUGCCUUUUGAAAAUAGGACUGCCAAAGCUGUUGCUUGGGCUAGUCUCAAACAUAAGCGUGUUCCUAAGCCAAUGCCAUGUCCUGAUAACUGUGGAGUGAGUCUUAAUUGGCACAUCAAUUCUGAUUAUAAAGAUGGAUGGUCAGCUCGACUUACACUCUUCAAUUGGGGUGAUGUCUCAUUUGAGGAUUGGUUCACAGCAGUGAAAAUGGACAAGGUUUAUGCAGGUUAUGAAAAUGUGUAUUCAUUUAAUGGGACAAGGUUGCCACAAGUAAACAAAACACUAUUCUUCCAGGGGUUAGAAGGUCUAAAUUACUUGAUGGCAGAGACAAAUGGUACUAAACCAGGUGAACCAAGAGUGCCAGGAAAACAGCAGUCUGUGAUUUCAUUCACCAAGAAACAUUUACCAAAUAUAAAUAUUCAGAGGGGUGAUGGAUUUCCUACAAAGGUGUUCUUCAAUGGAGAAGAAUGUACUCUUCCAACAGAAUUUCCUAUAAGAGAUUCAGGGCAUAGAUCUCCAGUGAAUUUCGUGCUUGUUAUGUUGAUUGGGGUCCUGACUUUCAUGUUGAUGCAGGAUCAAUUCCAUUAAAACUAGCAUCCAUUUGGGGUUAUUUUGUCUUCCUUUUAAGUCUGUUCUUGUAGGAAAUU